AGUCAAGUCAGAAGUCAGUUAUGCUGUGAGGCUGUGACAUUGUCAGCCUAUAGUAUGAGGUAUAAAAUAGUAAACAUUUGUUUAUUAUUCUGUAUAUGAGGCUCAACAGAGAAACAAGAAGUUUAAACAGCCACAAUAAAAAAAAGCUUUUGUAUAAAGAAGUGAAUCAUGGAAAACAGACCCCAGAAAAUGCCCAAGGUGGCGAAGGUCAAAAAUAAAGCCCCUGCAGAAAUUCAAAUCACUGCUGAACAAUUGUUAAGAGAAGCUAAAGAGAGAGAUUUGGAAAUUCUCCCACCCCCACCAAAGCAGAAAAUUUCUGAUCCUGCUGAGCUUGCAGAUUAUCAGUUGCGAAGACGGAAACAGUUCGAAGACAACAUAAGAAAAAAUAGAACCAACAUAUCUAACUGGAUGAAAUAUGCACGAUGGGAGGAAUCUCAGAAAGACAUACAACGUGCAAGAUCAGUUUGGGAGAGAGCCUUAGACGUGGAUCAUCAGAGAGUCCCAAUAUGGUUAAAAUAUACAGAAAUGGAAAUGAGAAAUCGGCAGGUAAACCAUGCAAGAAAUUUGUGGGAUCGAGCUGUUACGAUAUUACCUAGGAUUGAUACUUUUUGGUACAAAUACACUUAUAUGGAGGAAAUGUUGGAAAAUGUACCUGGAGCCCGUGCUGUCUUUGAACGAUGGAUGGAGUGGCAGCCUGAUGAGCAGGCAUGGCAAACUUACAUCAAUUUUGAACUUCGGUAUAAAGAAAUUGAUAGAGCCAGACAAAUAUAUGAAAGGUUUGUUAUGACUCACCCAGAAGUUAAACACUGGAUUAAGUAUGCAAAAUUUGAGGAAAAACAUGGUUUCAUUCAUUCUGCUCGCAAAAUCUUUGAACGUGCUGUUAAUUUUUUUGGUGACGAUCAUUUGGACGAAAAUUUGUACAUUGCUUUUGCUAAAUUCGAAGAAAAUCAGAAAGAGCAUGAAAGAGCAAGGGUAAUCUACAAAUAUGCGCUUGAUCACAUACCCAAAGACCAGACUAAAGAACUCUAUAAGUCAUACACAAUACAUGAAAAAAAAUAUGGAGACAAAAGUGACAUAGAUGAGGUGAUUGAAUCGAAGCGAAAAUUUCAGUACGAACAGGAAAUUUUGCAAAAUCCAACUAAUUACGAUGCUUGGUUUGAUUAUAUUAGGUUAGUAGAAGGUGAAGGAGACUUAGAAUUUAUCAGAGAGACGUAUGAAAGAGCCAUUGCCAACAUACCUCCUUCAAAUCAAAAGCAAUUUUGGAGAAGAUAUAUAUAUCUUUGGAUAAACUAUGCCUUGUUUGAAGAAUUAGAAGCCAAGGACUAUGACCGUACCAGGCAAGUGUAUAAGGCGUGUUUAGAGUUACUGCCCCACAAGGUUUUCACUUUCUCAAAAAUAUGGUUGCUUUUUGCAAAGUUUGAAAUUAGACAAAAAAAUUUAACUCCUGCCAGAAAAAUUCUUGGAAUGGCUUUGGGAAUGUGUCCGAGGGAUAAGCUGUUUCGCGGAUACAUAGAUCUGGAGUUACAACUCAGAGAAUUUGACAGAUGUCGAACCCUUUAUGAAAAAUUUUUGGAAUUUGGACCAGAGAAUUGUGUGACCUGGAUGAAAUUUGCCGAACUAGAAACUUUAUUAGGCGACAUUGAUCGAGCAAGGGCUAUUUACGAAUUGGCUAUAAGUCAGCCUAGGUUGGAUAUGCCAGAGUUACUUUGGAAGGCUUAUAUAGACUUUGAAAUUUCUCAGGAAGAACCUGAAAAUGCUAGACAAAUCUAUGAAAGGCUGCUAGAAAAAACAUCACAUGUCAAAGUAUGGUUGUCUUAUGCCAAAUUUGAACUUAACACACAAUCAGAACCCGACAUGAAUGUUCUGUUAUCCAGGAGAGUAUUUGAAAGAGCCAACGAGAGCCUAAAAAAUUCAUCUGAAAAAGAGGCAAGAGUUCUACUUCUUGAAAACUGGAGGGAGUUUGAGAAAGCCCAUGGAGAUGAAACUGAUAAUGCUAAAGUUAAUAGCAAGAUGCCCAAACGUAUAAAAAAGAGACAAAAAAUUAUUGAUGAAGAUGGCAUUGAACAGGGAUGGGAAGAAAUUUUUGAUUACAUUUUUCCUGAAGAUGAGGCUAACAGACCUGGUUUAAAAUUCGUGGCAUUGGUUAAAAAUUGGAAAACAAAGUCAGCUCAAGAGUCAGAGGCACAGGCUGAGGAAGAAACAAGUAGACCUGGAGCUCUGAAUGCAAGUUCUGCUGCUAAAGUCGAUAGCAGCGAUAGAGUAAGGGAAAAAUUGCUGGGUCUGUCAAACAAAUGGAAAAAAAUCAGUAGCAGUCAUGUGAAUGAUUCAGAAAAUGAGACAAAUGUUGUGUCAGAACAAAAAAAGGAUUUUGAGUCCGUAAAUAAGGAAGAAAAUACAAAAAGUAAAAGAGAAUCAGAUUCUGAAAAUGAUGGCAACAGUUAGCAAUCUCGAAGUUCAUGAAAAAAUAAAAUCUAGAACAUGGUACAGAACCUUAUUGAAUAUUUAUGUACAGUUACCCCUUUAAAAAAAUCAACAUCAUAUAUGUUACUAGAAACAAUAGUGUAUCAAUGUGGUUAAAUUGAAAACUGCUAAUGUGAAUGUAAACAUAAGUUUAAAUAAAUUAUUUAAUUUUGAGUA